AUGGCGUACUAUUGUAAUAAAAAUGACGCUGCCAAUCGGCAUGUGUCUAUUAUCGAACAGAUGGCGCCAGGGGUAUUAACAAUGGGGGACUAUUGGAAUAAAAAUGGAGAUGGAGAUCACUGUGACGCUAUCCUUCUCGCACUUAUUAUCAAUAAAGACAUCAAAAUGUCUUGCAUUGCGUCAACAAGUUUUGCCACCCCAGGAUCCUCAAAUUUAGGUCUUAUUGGCGCCAACGAUCCCAUCAAUGAUUUCAUACCUGAUCCAUCGACAGUGCAUCCUCCUUCUCCAAUUGGCACAGGCAGACCUCCUACGGGAUCACGUACAGAGGUUCGUCCUCCUUCUCCAAUUGGUUCAGGCAGACCUUCCAUAGGAUCGCGUUUAGAGGUUCAGCCUCCUUCCCCAAUUGGUUCAGGUCGACGUUCUAUAGGACCACGUUCAGAGGCUCUUACCUAUUCUGCGGUCGCUUCAGGUUGUUUCAUGGAUUCACCUCUUGAGGCCCUAUUUCACAAUGUUGUUACUUUAAGUAGUCGUUCUAUGGAAUCAUCUUUAGAGGUCAGUAGAAGUCCACAUUCUAUGGGAUAUUCAUGUAAUAAACAUGGUCAACCUCAUAGCUUAUUUUGUCGCACGUGCCAUAUUCCAGCAUGCACUGAAUGUAUUACGGAAGAGCAUAAUGGUCAUCAGUUCAUGUAUAUCCAGGACGCUAUUCAUUCAGCCAGAGAGACGAAUCACAAACUUCAUGUUGAAGCUCGUCAAACUAUUGGUAUCAUUAAAAACGCAAUAGAAAACAUUAAACGUGUUUAUGAAAAUGUUGAACAAAGAUCCAUUACAGCUGUUACAGAGACUAAAAAACUGAUAAGAAGAAUUGGAGCUUCUGUGUUGGGAUUAGGUAUAAUUUUGCCUGUUUAUUAUUGGGGAGGAAGGGAAAAGUUGGUGUUUCACCAAACAGCUACUGUGAGUUACAUGAACGCUUUAAACAACAGAGAAGCUGAGCUUUUACAAAACAUAGACAAAACUCGACAAAUUAAAGGCAGACUACUCACGUCUCAAUUAGAGAAUCUCAGCCAUGUCUUGACAGAGCUUAUGCGAAUCUCCAAUUUAUUAACUGAAUCGUCAAAAAUUAAUAAUACAAUCGAUUUAUUAAAAGUGAAUGAUACAGCUACCAAUGAAAUGAGACAGUUGAGAGCAGUACGGCCAGAAUUAACACCUUGCGAAGAUGAUGAUGUACUAUUUCUUCCUCCUGACAAUACUGUAUUUCGUUUAUUAUCCACAAUAGGUGGUAUCGGAAUAAAUAAUUCCUCCAGAAUAUUAAAUAAUGGUGCUAAUACCCAGAAUAAGGUAUUUUUAACAAUUCCUAGAAGAGUAACAGAAGUUCAGCCCAUGAGUCAAACUAUCUAUGGUGCUAACCACAUUGCCGUUGAACAUAAUCCGGUUCCAUCUCUAGUAUUCGGUUCCGAGGGAAAGGAAGAUGGUGAAUUAUGUAGACCAUGGGGUGUCUGUUGCGAUUUUAUGGGACAUAUAGUUGUUACUGAUAGAAGUAAUAAUAGAAUACAAGUUUUCAGCCCUAAGGGAAUUUUUCUUUAUAAAUUUGGAAGGCAAGGUACGGGCCCAGGGGAAUUUGAUAGGCCCGCUGGUAUUACUAUCAAUCCCAGAGGCCAUAUUGUUGUAGCUGAUAAAGAUAAUCAUCGUAUACAGGUAUUUAAAAUGGAUGGUACGUUUGUUUCGAUGUUUGGUGAAAAGGGUGUUGAACAUGGACAGUUUAAUUACCCUUGGGAUGUCGCUUGUAACAAACAAGGACACAUUGUUGUGUCAGAUACUAGGAAUCAUCGCAUACAGAUAUUCGAUAGUAAUGGUAGAUUUUUGAGAAAAUAUGGCUAUGAAGUUAAUACAUAUAGGUGGAAAAUUUUUGACACUCCAAGAGGUGUUUGCUUUGCUCCAAAUGGUAAUAUUAUUGUAACAGAUUUCAACAAUCAUAAAUUGAUAGUAAUCAAUGAAAGAACAAAUGAAGUACAAUAUGUUGGAAAGGAAGGAUCAGGUUAUGAACAAUUUCUAAGGCCCCAAGGUAUAGUAUGUGAUGAUAAUGGGAAAAUAAUAGUAGCAGAUUCGCGAAAUAACAGGAUACAAGUACUUGAUCUUAGUGGAAACUUUUGCUGGGCAGUUGGAAGCUUUGGAACAGGUGCAGGACAAUUGGAUAGACCUAGUGGCAUCUGUUUGAACCCCGAUGGUCGCAUCACAGUUGUAGAUUUUGCAAAUAGUCGUGUACAAAUGUUUUAG